GCCGCCCCUCUGAGCCGGGCGCAGGGGCCACCGGGCGCCGCACACCCGACCCCCGCACCGCUGCGACCUCCGCAGCACUUGUCCCACCGCGCGCCCCCUGGAGUGCCGCGCACCCCUGGGACCCUUGCGCGCCCCGACUGCCCAGCAUAACCCGAAACCCGCGCACCUUAGGAUAUCCGUGCUGCCCCAGCAACCCCACGUGUCCCAGGACCCCGUCGCAGCUCUGGGACCCCUGCGUGCCUGGGACCUCUGCGCGCUCUUAGAUCCCCGGCGCUUGGCCAACCGGGCUGCGCGCCCUGGUGAGGGGCCCCGCCCCAGAGGGUCCCCCUCUUCCAACAGAACGAGCCCCGCCCCAAAGAGACCCCCAGGUCCAACUGGGACAUCCAGCCACGUCCCAGAGGGCUCCUAGCAUCUCGCGGCUGGAGCUCCGCGCUCCGAAGGAUUCUCCGUAGCAGCUGGGGGCUACCCGCCUUGCUGAGGGGGCGCUUCCCUGGAAGGUCCCCGCUCCCCGCGGGCCCCGGCAGGAUGCAAGCCGCCCUGGCGGGGCCACUGCUCGCCGUCCUUCUCGCCACCGCCCGCGCCCGCCCGCAGCCCCCGGACGGAGGACAGUGCCGGCCGCCCGGAUCGCAGAGGGACCUGAACUCCUUCCUCUGGACUAUUAGGCGCCAUCCCCCAGCCUACCUGUUUGGCACCAUCCACGUCCCUUAUACCCGCGUUUGGGACUUCAUCCCGGACAACUCUAAGGCAGCCUUCCAGGCCAGUGCCCGUGUCUACUUUGAACUGGACCUGACGGACCCCUACACAGUCUCAGCACUGGCCAGCUGCCAGCUGCUGCCCCCAGGGGAGAACCUGCAGGAUGUGCUUCCUCAGGAGCUCUACUGGCGCCUGAAGCGCCACCUAGACUAUGUGAAGUUGAUGAUGCCUUCCUGGAUGACACCCGCGCAGAGAGGAAAAGGGCUUUAUGCUGACUACCUGUUCAAUGCCAUCGCAGGCAACUGGGAGCGCAAGAGGCCCGUGUGGGUGAUGCUCAUGGUGAACUCACUCACUGAGACGGAUGUGCGCUCCCGAGGCGUGCCUGUGCUGGACCUCUACCUGGCCCAGCAGGCUGAGAAGAUGAAGAAGAACACUGGUGCUGUGGAGCGGGUGGAGGAGCAGUGCCAUCCACUCAAUGGGCUCAACUUCUCUCAGGUGCUGUUUGCCCUGAACCAGACCCUGCUGCAGCACGAGAGUGUGCGGGCCGGGAGCCUGCAGGCACCCUACACCACAGAGGACCUCAUCAAGCACUACAACUGUGGAGACCUCAAUGCUGUCAUCUUCAACCAUGACACAUCCCAGCUGCCCAACUUCAUCAACACCACCCUCCCGCCACACGAGCAGGUGACAGCCCAGGAGAUCGAUAGCUACUUCCGCCAGGAGCUCAUCUACAAGAGGAAUGAGCGCAUGGGAAAGAGGGUCAUGGCACUGCUGCGGGAGAAUGAGGACAAGAUCUGCUUCUUCGCGUUCGGAGCAGGUCACUUUCUGGGGAACAAUACUGUCAUUGACGUUCUGCGGCAAGCAGGGCUGGAGGUGGAUCAUACACCUGCUGGGCAGGCCAUUGACAGCCCUGCUGCCAGGAGCUCAGCGCCACCCUCUCCUGAGAUCUCAGCCAGCCCAGCCCCAGCAACCCCAGCAGCUGCCAUCCCUGAAGCACCCUCAGCGACUCCCACUGCCACCCCUGAGGAGGAGGAUCCAGCCCUGUCCCCACACCUCCUGCUCCCCGACAGCCUUAGCCAGCUGGAGGAGUUUGGGCGACAGAAGAAGUGGCACAAGAGACAAAAUAAGCACCAGCGGCCAAGGCAGUUCAACGACCUCUGGGUCCGAAUUGAGGACAGCACCACAGCCUCACCACCUCCACUGGCCCUCCAGCCCACCACUAGCUCUGGGACCGCCAAGCCCCCCUUCCAGCUCUCCGAGCAGCUCCAGCAUCAGGACCCACCAGGGCCCACCAGCAGCUCAGCACCAACCCUAGGCCUCCUCGCAGCCGUGGCUGCCACCAUUGCUGCCCCCUUUCUGCUACACACUCUUGGGCCCUCUUGACCUCAGCCACUGAGUGCAGAGAAGCCAGAGAAAUCACGUGAGGGUCUGUGGCCACCCCUUGGCCCCCGCCUCCACCUCUGGGAGUGCCACCACCUCAAGGGCAGUCCAGACAGGACCCUUUAGAACACUAGAGCUUUAUUGUACCCAAGUUACAUCUUCUUUUUUGUAGAAGGUCUUAAUUUCCCAUAGUGCUAUGGGGCUCUUUUGUAAAAUAUGUGUCCAUAUUAAAAGAGAAAAAAUGUAUUUAUUCUACCGAUAAAACUAUUUUUAUGUGGCCUAUAUUGUAACCCCUGAAUUAGCCCUAACACCAACCCAAAGAGGAAAUCAGGUUGCCAAGACAUCUAUGACCUGCCCGGCCCUGGCUUUGAACUGGCUUUUCUCCUGGAUCUCCAAAGCCUCCUGGGUCAGGCUUGGCUCCCCCACCAUGGGGAUCUCCAAGGGUGGGACAGGCAGAUGGGCUUAGCUUUUGUGAAGCUGGAUAUGGGAGACAGAGGUGGGAAUGCUGCCUGUCCUGUGGAUGCAUCCUGGGGCCUGGAAGGGAACAUGAGGAAAGAGAAUGCUGCUAUUACCAACCCUGUGCAUCUGUGAACCAGCUCUCCAGAGCACUGGGUGAGUGUUUCGACCAAAGUGCAGGGGUGAGAUGGGCGAGGCGGUGCCAGGUGUCAAGAUUGGCAGCCCCCAGUCCCACAGAACAAGUAGUCACCCUGAAAUUCAAAGACAGCAAGAUGGGGCUGCUCAAGGUCAUGGAGCUAGUGAACAGGUAGCUCUAGGCCUCUCUGUCCCACUGUCAUCACUCCAGCUUGGAUCAGAGGGUCUGUGGAAGUCAUGGACGAGUGGAAGAGCUGGGCUAAAGGACAGGGGUGGGCACAGAGGCAAUUCUAGGGAGGUGGCGGGGUGGGGGGUUGUGGUCACAGUGAUGGCAGCACUGGUGGGAACAGCUGUGCAUCUAGACCCUGUAGUAUAGGUGCUACUUAGCAUACUCGCUCCAUCAUGGCUGCUUGCACCAGUGCUGUGAAGUAGAAUGGUUCCCAUUUCCCAUGUAGGGGAAAAGAAUCCAAAGAGGCAAAGGGACUUGCCCAAGGUCACACUGCUUCAGAUCAGGAUGACACCAAGCGAUGCUUGUGUUCUGGUCCAUGUUGGACAUAGUCUCUCUGCCCGGGGAAGCCCCCACCCGCUCUAGUACCAGCUCCCCAGGCCAGCCAAAGGCACUGUUCAGCCAGGCACUCCUGAUGUCCUUGUAGCCAGUGAGCACUGGCAAUAGCAUGUGCUAGUUUUCUCACCCCCCAAUUUGUCACAUCUUGGAUCCAGGAGAGGCUUUUCUGCCAAAUCAAAGGGUAGAAUGGGGCAUAACCUUGGAGUCCCUGUGAGACCUAGCAACCAGUGGCAGGAGACAGACAGCAUGGCCGGCAUCUGCCUCCCUGAUGAAAAGGCAGAAUUCUGGGUAGUGUGUUGGAUGGUCAGAGGUCCCACAGCCAUCCUGGUGGGCAGCUCAAUUCUUUCUAGCUCAACCCCAACGGACAAGCUUGAACCUGAGACCUGGCAGAAACCUGAACCUCUACUUCAGAGGGUCUAGCCAGCCCCAUGGGCACCAUCCUCUAAACCGAACUUGACCUCAGCCAAGGCUGUAGUCAGUUUAUCCUUGGCAAAGAAAAAAACAAAAUAACAAAAAAAAAAGUGACUUCCUAUUUCUGAGCGGGACAGGGCUUAGUUACAUAUAAAGCAGGCUCGGAAGUUGGACAUCAAACAGAUCGUGCAGAGCGCCAUUGGGAUGAGCUAAGUGUAAAAGAAUUAGAAACACACAGGCCAAAUUCCCCUCUGUUUGGGCAAAGUACAGCCUGAGAUGUAUGGAGAGCAAGCUCGAGGUUAAUUAAAGAUGAAGUAUUCAGGGAAGCAGGCCAGGCACCUGACUGUGUGCCCAGAUCGGUGCCAGGCACAGGGCCAAAAAGAUGAAUUAACACAGCAUGUAAUUACUGUACACAUGCAGUGCCAGGCUCGCUGCACACGGAGCAAGUGUAAUCACCCCUGCUGGCCCAGAGAAACCCACUCACAAGAUGGGACAAGCAGAGGUGUCCUAGGCUACACUGUCUUGGCCCCUGGCUUCCUGCUGAUCUGGUUCUCCUCCUUCCAGAUCCCUCCAUCAGGCAGACUGAGGAUUCCAAAUUCUCCCUCUGCCAAACAUUCAGUGUUUAAAGAAAGAUGGAUGAGCCAAUGAAUUAGACAGACGUGUGCUGAGCCAGUGUGGGCCAGACGUGUGGAGCCACAGUCCACUGACCCCAAGAACAGCCAGCUAGCCAGAGCCUGAGUGGAGCUCAGCUUGCUGACAUUUGUCACAGGUAACCUGAGGCACCUAACAGGAAUCCUCAGUGGGACAUUAGGACCCACUCAUCCUGUGUCAGAGCACCUCCCCUCUGUAAGCAGCCACCCCGACCUUUGGAAUGUGCUGCCUGCCUCAGCUUGUAAAAUGCCCCUAUUCCUGUGAGGGCAGCAUGUGUCUCUCUUAACACUUCCAUAUUUGACCUUGAGGCAGGCAGGAGAGACAGGAAGCCUGAGACCCAGCCUAUUAAGUGACCUGCCUAAGUGUAGGCAGCAUGUGCCCCAGGUAACUCUGCGUCCCCUCUCUCUCUCAGGAAAGCUGAUGAUAGCUCCUGGGCUGCUCGCAAUGGCCGUGUCUCCAACAACUGGUCUCACAGCCCUGCAGCCAGUGAAAACAGGGAAGGCCUCAUUAGUCACCACACAGAUAAAGGGAUCAGCCUUCCCAGGAGUCACAAAGGGCGGCAGAGGUUCUCUCCAGUGCUGAGUGAGAGACCUAGAGUCCCUCUGCUGGCUCUGGGCAUUUCCUUCAUGGUGAAUGGCUCUCCGGCAUCCUUUAGACUGGGAGAGCUGAGCAGCUCAGGCCACUCAUCCCAGCAGCCCAGCCUCCAGAUCAGUACCAUUGUCACAACAGGUCUCAAGGAGGAGCAAAAAACUCUUCCACUAAGAGGAAGUACCGUGAAGGACAAGAGAAGUUUUACCCAGCAGUUGUAGCUUUGUUGGUGUCUUGUGCAGCACAGGACAGAAUUGAGGCUGGGGUAGUUUUGGUGAUGAUGGCAUAAGAGCCUAGCUGUUCCAGAGUCCUACAAUGCAGCCCUACUAAGCAUGCCAGCCGUGUCUCAUCUGUCCCACCCUGUACCUGACUAAAAGGAAUCAUAGAUGUCAUUUCCACGCUAGACAGGGUGUUUUAUACGUGCUGUUUCCUAGACUAAAGCUCCCUUUGUUUCCCUAACAUUUUAUCCUGUAAGGAUCAACUCAGUGCUGUCCCAAGAAAGCCCCUGUGCUGCCUUUGUGCAUUCUUGGCAUCUCAUAAGACCUAGUACCCACUGGGUGACUGUCUCCUUGAGAAUCUGCUCCCUUGUGGGACUGCAGGUAACUUCAUGGUAGACGUCAUGUGGAUUUGUCUUUGUAACCUCGCCCCACACAAAGGUGGUGCUCAAAGAUGUGUAGACAAGGAAAGAGACUAAAGGAAGAAAGCCUUGAUGGUAGGAAAGGAGAGAGGCAGAUUUAGUUCUGCAGCCUGAUAGCUUCCACCAAGCCCAUGCUGGUGGAGGGCGGCACACUUCCUGUUGGUGCAGAGGUGCAAGCAGGGCCAGGAGCUCCCUGGCUGGAGAUGCAGUAGCAAGUUGAAGUCUUGGCAAGGGACCGGUGUAGAUGACAUUGAGGGCGCCCCCUGGCUCUGUAAGGCUCAGGCUCUUUGAACAUUGUUAUUUUUCUAAAAAUUCAUCUACAUAGCCAAAAAUAUCACCCCCGCUGGCUGGCUAAAGCAGCAGGGGUCAGGAAUCAGUCCAGCCUCCCUGCACCCCACCUGCAUUCUUCAACAGCCCAGCCAAACCUGGCCUGAGCUGGCACAGCUGCCUGCUGGCCCUGGCUAGGGGGACCCUGGGAGGAGGAGGAGUGCUGCACUGGAGCCUAGGUGCCACCACAGCCCAAAGCUCCUCCUCUCCCUGUCCCCUGACCUUGAGUAGAGAAGAGAAAGCUCACAAAAACCUGGCCUUUUCCAUGGAGUGCCCCCAUCCACACCCUUUCUCAAAGGUGAGCCAGACUGUUGUUCCCCAGAGAUACUCUGGAUUCUUUGCUUUGAUAGGUGACCUUGGGCAAGUCCCUGCUCCCUGGGAGCUUCCACCUCUUCUGUCACCUGGAGACCUUGUUUCCUGGGGCUAGGAAGGAGGAUGCUGGCAGAGUAUGGAGGACCUGUGAAGGCGAGGUUUGAGCCUUCCCCAGGCUCAGGGCUAGGCUUCUGCCUAGGACCACAGGCCGUCCUUAACUGGGAGUCUCUGGCAGGCCAGCAGGAUGACAUGGCUUGCAGGCCCCUCCAUUCCAAUUCCUGCUGUGGGGAGAGUGAGCUUUGAGUGGACCCAGGUCUAAGAUGUGUCCUGUGAACUGCCCAGGCAAAGGACUCUCAGAAGGGUCUCUGGUGACUAGGAUGGGGAGGUCAGUGCUUGGCCACAGGAGGCUGCAGCCCCUUUCUGGGGCUCCCAGAGGUUGCUGAUGGCCCCUGGCACACUACACUGUGCCAACCAGCUUUUGCUCUCAGUGUAUCUGGAAGGUACUCGUGGUGUUGUUUAAUCCCCUCUCCCCUCACCGCUGUGAAUUGUUGUGAAGAGUUCUUUAAGAGUAUAAUAGAAGACAAAGAAAGAUGCUAUUAAUGUUAUUUUGCCAAAAAUAUUUUUGUAGCAUAAUA